GGUUGCAGCGACUAAGCUUUUGCUUCGCGUUUCCGAUUGAUUUUAAUUCUUUCUCGGAAAAUUUGCAAUUUAAAUUCGCUCGAUUGCGUUCUGAAAAUUCGAAAAAUUUUCGUUAGUGCUUGAAGGAAUAAGUUUACUCGAAACUGAAAGAGUGUUUCCCGUGCUUAUCCACAAAAACUUUCCUCGUGGUUUUUUGUUUUCUGCUUCCGUCAAAAAUGCUCUCGUCGGUUCCGCGAUGGGCGCGUGUGUCCGCGGCGGUACUCGCAGUCGGUAUCGGUUCGGAAGUGCUCUACGAAGUGUACUCGAUUUGUAUGUCCGCUUUUGCUCGACGUCGGGCCCGGCGGCGUGCUCUCUGCCAGCUGACCGAGGUUUACUUCGCGAACGAACGCAGUUGCCAGGCGAACGAACCGGGUACAACGAUGACCAGUUUUACCACGGAACAUGUGCGGCGGCUCGUUGCACUUCUCGAUCGGGCUCGGGUUUCGGUAAACCUGUGUAUGUACAUCGUUACGGUCGAUAGUAUCGGCGACGCGGUACUGCGGGCUGCGAAACGAGGCGUCCGCGUUUGUGUCGUCGGGUGUUCAUCAAUGGCGUACAGUUCCGGAUCGCAGAUGACCAGAUUGGUGCAAGCAGGAAUCCCAGUGCGUUUCAACAAGAAGGAUGCAGCCUAUUUGAUGCACCAUAAGUUUUGUCUGAUCGAUACCGAUUGGCUGUGUGCGCGGUGCUAUCAUAGUGAAAGAGUGCGCAAAUCUGGAUUCUGCUGUGGUGUACCCAGCCCACUUCCGGCGGCGCCUGCUGCUAGUGUAGCCAAUGGUGGUGGGGGUGGUAACGGCAGUGGGACGGUCAGUCCUACUGCCGGCAGCAGCAAAGUGCCUUGUGUUGAUGAUGGUUCCCGGUGUGUGCGCUGCGAUCCGAAGAAGAAAAAGGACGUAGAGGAGCGUAAGCUUCGGGAAGCGGCCACCGAGCCGUUUCCACUGGGGGGUAUAGUGAUCAGUGGGUCCACUAAUUGGACCAUGCAGGCGCUCUCGAGCAAUUGGGAUAAUAUGGUGCUGACCUCUCUGCCGGAGCUGGUCGUACCGUUCCAGAUGGAGUUUCAGCGCCUGUGGAAGGAGUUUGGACGACUGCGACCGCUAAUGGCCGAAGUUGCUCCCCCGGCUGCGACGGGUGGCACUGCUUCAGGUCAACAGCCGUAGAGUGUUGGCGAUUUUAUUGAAGGUACUACCCUCGCAAUGAUAAAAAUAUUUUCAUCUCCGGACAGGAUAAAAUCUUUAAAAGUGACUCCAUUUCAGUUCACAAAGUUAACUCGGU